UCAAACAAAGAGUGUGUGAGCAAUGGCUGCAUGUGGUGAGAAGCAAAAGAAAGCAAAUAUCUAUGUUUAUAACAUGGGAACCGGAAAUCUGAAGCCGGAAUCAACAUAUCCAGCCACCAUUAAGAAGUCGAUAUCGCGGGGUUGGGGACUAAUGAGGUCGAAAACUUAUCGAGGAAGUGCCAAUCAUGGCGGAUUGAAGGCCGCAGAAGGCGGAGGAGAGGUGGUGGAAUCGAGAAAAUCAGUGUCAAUGGUAGAGACAAGAAAAUCAGUGUCUAUUGUAGAGACAAGGAAAUCAGUUUCACAUGUGGAAGUGAAUGCUGGAUCAGUGGCUGCAUUUCUUCAAGUGAAAGUGUUGGUUACUGAUAUGCCAGGGUUCAUGCAAGUUCAUGCCUUCAAGUGUGCAAGAAGAAUUUAUGACAGUUUGGAGACUUUCAGCCCUAAACAAAUGGCUUACAACAUGAAGAAGGAAUUUGAUAAAGUGUAUGGACCGGCUUGGCAUUGCAUUGUCGGCUCAAGUUUCGGCUCAUUCGUAACUCACUCGACCGGUUGCUUUCUCUAUUUCUCUAUGGAAAAGUUGUACAUUUUAGUGUUCAAGACAAAGGUUCAAAGAGCCCCUCCAGUGAAAGAUUAAAUGCAACAUAUGUUUCAUAAAUUGUAAGUUUUUAUUAUUUUCUAUUUUUUUUUAAGGUAGAAACUAUUUUUCUGAAUUUAAAAUUAUAAA